GCCUCACCGUCUCGUUUCUCGAAUCUCGAGUCGUCUCACUCGUCGCCGAGACUCCCAACCCCCCGUCGGCCGUCGCAGCCACCUACCCCACUUCCUCCUCCCCCAAUCGAAUUCCCCAGAUCCAGAUCCAGAUCCAAAUCCCGUCUCCUCCCGGCUCGCCGUAACCGCCUCGGCUCAGGAUCCGCCAUGGCCGCCGCCUCCGGUGACGAGAUCCAGCUCGUGUGCGAUCUGUCUGAUAUCAAGCUUCUGGUGAGGAGAUGGAGAGGGCCAUCUCCUCCCCUGGUGGAUGUGUUCUGUCUCCCUCUGAGGGACUGCCCAGCCGCCGCGCUCCUCCUCAGGCGGCUCGCGCGCCACGACCGCUGGGUUACCAGCAACCUCUCCGUCGUGGAGUACGCAGCCUCCCUCGACCGCUACCUCCAGACCAUGGCUGCCGUGAGGCUGCCUCGUCUGCUGCUCGCCGACACCAACAGCGACUCUGACUCCGACAUCGAUCCCGACGAGGACGUCCACAACGCAGUCCUUGCUCUCGCUGAUCACAUCGACCGAGCAAUGGAGAUGGCCGUCCAAGUAGGCGGAUCGGUCGUUGCGGAGGUCGCAGGUCUCGCUCAGAUCUGCCAGAAGCUACCGAGCGCCGAAGACACCUCCCGCGACCUCCUCGUCGAGGGCACCAAGGCUGAGGUUGCUCGAAUCAGAUCAGCUACCAUCAGAUUCAGGGAACCACCGGAUCCACAAGUUUCAGUGUACAUCCAAGUACGUGCUUCUCCACCGCCGCCUCGUCUCGGCCCUCCGCCGCCGUCGCCCACGCCCUCUCCGCUGCCGUCGCCGCCGACCUCGCCGCCACUGGACGAUCGAUUUCGGUCCCUGCCUGCAGGCCUUCCCGCCAGGCGGACAGAGGUUUGGGCCCCCGAGCACGAGAUCGUGGAUGGACUCGAUGGGAUCAGAGCGCUGCUGAAGUGUUCACACCAACCUCCGUUGCUGCUGGUAAAUUCUCUUGCAACUAGGGAUUGUCCACAGGCUUUUGCAUUGCUACACCGCCUUACAAAGCAUGCUCAAUGGAACGUCCCAGAAUUGCAUGCAAUCGAGCAUGCAUCCAAGUUGGAUGCAGUGCUGAAGAUACUCAGCAAGGUUACCAUCCCACGUCUUUUGCUUAUCCCUCUGAACGACCGUAACGAAGCCCACCUUGAGCCGUUGAAGAACAACAUGUUCAAUGCCGUCGUUGAAGGAGCUGAGGCUGGCGGUUCCAUUGUUGGGGAGCUGAAAUGGGUCGAGGAAUCAGCAAGGAAGCUGGAGGCGAACUUCCUUGAGCUUAACCCGAUCAGCCAGUUUGCACGAUACUUUGAGAUCGAGAUUUGCCGCGUAAGGAACUGCCUGAUACGAUUCAGUGACCCUCCUGAGCCAGAGGCAGCCCUGAAGGACUUCUUUGCCUCCCCCUCGCCACCUCCUCUUGGGUCUCCUCCGCAGACGCCGUCGCCUUGAUCAUUUGCCUCUUCAACACCGAACUGUCUACUUGCGCUGAAUUGCAUCACCGAGUUGCCAAUUUAAUCAGAUUCUGAUUUGUGUUGGUUGCUGUUGAUAGAUCGCUUUAGAUUGUGUGGAUUGGCCAUUUGCAAACAAACUAAUGAAGUGCAUGUGAUCUGCUAUAUGAAAUGGUGUGGGUGGAACUGCUGUAGAACCUGUCUUGGUGUCUGUUAGUGUUUAUUUAUUCUGUUGAUUCCGUGCAGUGUCUGGUAUGAACUGCUCUGUUAUUUGGUCAGGACCAAGCCAUUCCAGAUAUGGGACAAGGAAGUUCUUAUGCAGGCACACCGAUUUGUAAAGAGAAGCGAAGUCAGACAUAAGAAUUUCUUGGUCAGAAGGAAUUACAGUCUUCAGGAGGUCAAGAAUUUGUUCCAUUCUUUGGAGAAACUAGAUUUUGCAUUGGUGUACGAAGGUUCUUUGAGAUUAAAGCUCUGAUUCAGCAUUUGAUGGAUGUAUAUUAGAUGAAAGUUCAGUAUCAUGCAAACAACCUGAUUUCAAUUGUUAUUUUUACAUAUACUUUCAUGUUAAUGAUUAUUAGCCUUGCUAUU